AAAUUGUAUAACUUGCUGGUUCACCAUUGUGGACAUUGUUCUCGUCUAUUGUAUGCUGAACCGGCGGUUGUCCGCUCGUCCGUAAUCAGUUCAUUGUUUGAUGUCUUUGUUGUUCCUUUGGCUCUAAGGUUUGAUGUCGCGGGUUGUUCACGUACUCUGACUUUGCAUGUAGAUUGUUUAGUUGUAUAAGAAUCAGUGGCAGGUUAUUUUGGGAGUGGUGCAUGCUGUGCAUUUACUUUACCGGUUUCUAGAUUGGAUAUAAACUACGCGUCGUUCGCCGACUAUCUUCUUCAGCUAUGGAAGCUGGUGGUGGUGGUGUUCUGACAGCAGAACGAAGUCCUGCACGCGCUAAUCUGCACGUUGCUUUCACUGAGAAAGGAGAAGUCAAAGAACGUAGAGAAAAAUUUUUAACAGCCAAGUAUGGUUCACAUCAAAUGUCGCUUAUCCGGAAGAGACUCGCAGUUGAAAUGUGGCUCUUUGAUGAGUUGCAGAAACUUUAUGAAACUGUGAAUGAAAAUGGGAAAUCUCGGGAGGUUGAGGUAGAUAUAGACGAGCUACUCGACAUGGACACAGAUGACCAUAGAAGAAGUUACUUACAGGAUUUGCUGGUAGAUGCAAAAAAGUCACCACACGAUGUAAAGAAAUUCAUCAACGAUUUGCUCGAGAAAGCAAAAACACUCUGAACAGCAACUGUCUCAUUUGGCAGAUGUGCUACUCAAUUUUGACACACAAGUUUGCUCACUCCCCAAAUGUGGCAUAAAUAACAUGUGAAAACCAAAGUGAAUUUUCACUAUAUGAAAAAUGCCACCAUAAUAACGAUAACAUACGGCUAUAGCGCACUGAGGGAGGAAACUGUGUCUAUUCAAGUCUACUGGAAAUACAUAUAUUAUUACCACAUGACUCGAUAUAGUUUUUUGCAAGCAUACGUUGUUUCAAUUUGAAAACAUCAAAACAUGGUUCCAAGCAUUAUCAGUAGAUAGUUUAGUAACAAAAUUUCGUGUAGUCCUCAAUGUACGAUCUACGUGCCAAUUCAAUUGCUAGUACAGAAAUUUUCUAGAUUUAAUGUUGUAGUAAAUUGGAGCACCUUAUCAAUCUUCUUUCAGGUCUAAUUUCAGUUUUAAACAGGGUAAUUUGUUUAUGUUUCUCAAAUACGAACGACAAUCGUCCAUUUGUAAUUUUGUUUUAAUUUCAACUGUAAGAAGAUUGUAUAUUCAAAUUACGUAGCUUCAGUAAUGUUAAAUGCUCACAUUACUGUUAUUAUUCACGAAUACUUGCCAGUUAAGUAGUUAAUGAUUAUAGAAUUAUGGUAAAUAAUAGAAAAGAAACGAGCCAAGAAUCCAUUUCAAUCCUAUCUUCAUGCUAUACGUUUUUUCUGAAAUAGAUACUUAUACAUAUAUACUUUACUAGAUAUAGUUGAAAUCCUUGGCAGAAAACUUAUUACAAUAUCUUGAUAUUACAGGAGAUUCGGUUAAUGAAAGUAAACAUACAAUCCGAAUCUUGUGCCAAAAUAAAGGUUGGCUUAUUCUUACCUGUUCAUAGUUUUGCCAAAAGAUAUUGUAAUUAAUGUUGUGAAUCUCUUUCAUGUUUCUACUGUAACAGCUACAAGGUAAGGGUCAUAUUCCCUAGAAGAUAGUUUAGAUUGCUAAUGCACUAUUUUAAGUAUGAUUUUUGGAAUAAAUAACAUUACUAGCACUUCCAAGAUUGGCGAGUGAAAACCCUAGAUCUGUAAAUGUCUUAUCAACUUUAUAAAUAUUUUACAAUUCAUUUUCGAUGAUUGCUUUCUUAGCUGGGUUGAAACAGGAAGAUAAAGUGGUGAUAAAUUAGUUAGGCCAGUAUCGUCAUCAAUUGUGCGUUGUUGAUUGAAAAUUGAGUCAUACAAUGUAAAUCUGCAAA